ACAAGGCUUGGCUACUCUUUUCCAAAAUGGCGUAAAACCGGGCCAUCUCACUAUCUUUAAAAAUUUGAUGUUAUUUUACUGUGAGCCUAGUGGUCAUAUGCACAAAAGAGCACCUGUAUGGCUCUUCUAGCCCUAGCUUCCUCAGCUUGUAGAUAUUCAUCGAGGAGAGCCUGCUUGCUGAUUCAAAAUGCUCAGUGGUCUUUUCCAAGGUCUUUUGGUGUUCGGCUUUUAUCACUCAAGCCACAAAAUCCCCUCGGUAAACUUGUUCCAGCCACUUCACCUACGAGCAUUGUCCAGCAUCUCACCCAAAUCUCACCAUACAAAUACAUAGGAGGUAUUUGCGCAGGUGUCUUUGCAGGUCAAACACUAUAUUCACAGGCUUACUGUGGCUUGAAACUCAGCCAUAAACAUAGACCAGUAGUAAACUCCAAGAAAACAAAACUGUCUGAUGAAGAAAAAGAAGAAAAACCACCAGAGUUCCAUUUUGGUGAAUUCCUGAAGCUACUUUGGCCAGAUAUUUGGCUGUUGAUUCUUGCCAGCCUUAGCGCUUUUGCUGUUGCCAUGACAAACAUUCAGUUGCCCUUGUUGCUCGGAGACCUUGUGAAUGUUGUGUCCACCUUAGCAACUGAGGAGCAUUCUAGAGAUUACUACGAGGUGCUGAAGGUGCCGGCACUCAAAAUGGUGGGACUCUAUGCAGCCCAGGCAGGGCUGACAUUUGUUUAUAUAUCAGUGUUGUCAUGUUUGGGAGAGAGAAUAGCUGAGAGAAUGCGUAUAGCGCUAUUUGCCUCACUGGUUAGACAGGAUAUUGCAUUCUUUGAUGCUCAUAAAACAGGAGAAUUGAUAAACAGGCUGACAGCUGAUGUGCAGGACUUCAAGAGCUCAUUCAAACAGUGCAUCUCGCAAGGUCUACGGAGCACCACUCAAAGUGUUGGCUGUAUUUUUGCCAUGUAUUUCAUCUCGCCCCAGCUAACAGGACUGAUGGUGCUUGUGCUACCUGUGGUUAUUUUGUCUGGUACUAUGUUCGGGUCUCUGCUGAGACGCCUCUCAAGGCAGGCACAAGAGCAGGUUGCCAAGGCAACAGCUGUUGCAGAUGAGGCUCUUGGGAAUGUGCGAACUGUUAGGGCAUUCGCAAUGGAAGAGAAAGAGACAGACCUGUAUGCCAAGGAAGUGAGCAGAUCCAAAGUGCUGAACGAGUUGCUUGGAGUGGGUAUUGGUGCAUUCCAGGGCAUGGCUAACUUUGCCAUAAACGGCCUGGUGUUAGUGGUCUUGUACGCAGGGGGGUCUUUGCUAGCAGUCCGUGAGCUGAAGCCUGGUGAUUUAAUCAGCUUUUUAGUUGCAACCCAAACAAUACAGAGGUCCCUUGGAAGCAUCUCUGUUCUGUUUGGGCAAAUAAUCAGAGGAAUGAGUGCAGGAGCUCGAGUGUUUGAAUACCUCCUUAUUCAGCCAUCUGUGCCAAUCACAGGAGGCAAACAAUUGUCAAUCAAAGACAUCCGUGGAAAGGUGGACUUUAGUAACAUCACCUUUAUCUACCCAACACGAGAAGACCAUGUAGUGCUAAGAAAUUUUUCCCUGGAGAUUCCUGCUGGCAAGCUUGUAGCCCUGUGUGGUCCAAGCGGCUCAGGCAAAUCCACUGUGGCAGCCCUCCUGGAGAGGUUCUAUGAAGUCCACCACGGGAGAGUGACACUGGAUGGAUAUGACAUCAGAGAGCUUGAUCCCACAUGGAUGCGAGGCAGCGUAAUAGGGUAUAUCCACCAGGAACCAUUGCUUUUUUCCACUUCCAUCAUGGAGAACAUCAGAUAUGGCCGACCAGAUGCCACAGAUGCUGAGGUUCACGAGGCAGCAAAGCUGGCAAAUGCAGACGGCUUUGUCCGAAAUUUCCCAGAGGGCUAUGACACAAUGGUGGGAGAACGUGGCGUGACUCUGUCUGGUGGCCAACGACAGAGGGUGGCUAUUGCAAGGGCAUUACUCAAGAACCCCCCUAUUCUUAUUCUCGACGAGGCAACAAGUGCAUUGGACGCGGAAUCUGAAAGACUGGUCCAGGAGGCGCUAGACAGGCUGACAGAAGGUCGUACGGUGAUCGUGAUUGCCCAUCGCCUCAGCACCAUUCAAGGAGCAGAUAAAAUCGUUGUGCUCUCCCAUGGUAAAAUACAGGAGAGCGGAACUCAUCAAGAGUUGAUGAAAAAGAAGGGAUUGUACGCGGAGCUUGUGCGACGCCAAAUGCAAGAAGACGACGAAGAAGACUGACAUAUCACAUGUCUUUCACGAACAGUUUUUAUCCCAUCCUCAUUAACUGAUGUGCAAUCAAACCACAAAGAAUUGUAAAUAUUAUCAUUCCGGUGUACCGAAUAAUGGUUUAGUUUUCCUUCCUUUAGUUUUAGACUCCAUUGUGUAAAGAAAAUCAAAGCGCCGUUGUUUGUGUAUAAUAAGUAGCCAACUCCAAACAUCAAUGCAAAUCUUUUAUUUGCUAUUCUGCCAGCUUUACUAAUAAAAAUACAAGAUCUGAUAA